UUUGUUUGAGAAUUAAUGUUGAUCAACAAUACUUAGAAAUGAUUCUGAAAUUCGGUAUUGAACGAAUCCUGUCUUCCCCCUACCCUUGCCCAUCUCCAACUAUUUCAACUCCUGCUACAAGUCCAUCAAGUAUUUCUCCUACUUUUGCAUCUCCAAAUGGAACACCAAAUAUUGCGUCAAGUAUGUAUCCUGCAUGGGUGUUCAGCACAAGAUAUUCCGAUCGACCAUCUGCAGGCCCUCGACAUCGAAAAUCCCGAAAACGAGAAUCAACUGGAAGUAGUGGAAGUUCAGAAGAAGAAAAAAGACCACGUACUGCAUUCACUGGAGAUCAAUUGGACCGGCUCAAAACUGAAUUCCGGGAAAGCAGAUAUCUAACAGAAAAGCGGCGACAAGAAUUGGCUCACGAGCUCGGACUCAACGAAUCGCAGAUCAAAAUCUGGUUCCAGAACAAGCGUGCCAAACUCAAAAAGUCGACAUCUUCUGUUCCAAGAGAUCGAUGCUCCUCCGUCACUCCAAAUCCUCAUAAUCAUCCGUCAAUUCAUGGAGGAUAUCAACUUAUGGCUCAGUUGGCAAAGGUUCAGGCUCGAGCUUACAUGCCAUGAAAUAUUGAUUUUUGUUAGGCGGUUACGGUAGGCCUUGUCUACCGUAAUCCUAAAGUAUCCCGGUAAUAACUUUCUAGUUACUUUAUCAAAUUAGUGAUAUUCUCCUCUAGCCAACUAGUCUUCCUCCAUUCAUUUUUUUUCGUUUAACUUUUUCUCUCGACCAGAUCUUAUUUGAAAUCGAAAUACCUCAACAUUCAGUUCUCCAAAAAAAUCAAAAUUUCCUCCACACACGUGUCUCCUCUUCAAUGCUAUAUGAAUUAUCUCAUGACUUUUCAUUGUUUUUCUUUUUUGAAUAAAG